CCCGGGGCGCCUACCUCGCCGGCGCCGGGCCCGGGAGCGAUGACAUCGACGGGGAAGGACGGCGGCGGGGCGCAGCACGCGCAGUAUGUGGGGCCCUACCGGCUGGAGAAGACGCUGGGCAAGGGGCAGACAGGCCUGGUGAAGCUGGGGAUCCACUGCGUCACGUGCCAGAAGGUGGCCAUCAAAAUCGUCAACCGGGAGAAGCUCAGCGAGUCUGUGCUGAUGAAGGUGGAGCGGGAGAUCGCCAUCCUGAAGCUCAUCGAACACCCUCACGUCCUGAAGCUGCACGACGUCUACGAAAACAAAAAAUAUUUAUACCUGGUGCUAGAACACGUGUCGGGUGGGGAGCUCUUUGACUACCUGGUCAAGAAGGGGAGGCUGACCCCCAAAGAGGCCCGAAAGUUCUUCCGGCAAAUCAUCUCGGCGCUGGACUUCUGCCACAGCCACUCCAUAUGCCACAGGGACCUGAAACCAGAAAACCUUCUGUUGGACGAGAAGAACAACAUCCGGAUCGCGGACUUCGGCAUGGCGUCCCUGCAGGUGGGGGACAGCCUGCUGGAGACCAGCUGCGGGUCCCCUCACUAUGCCUGCCCCGAAGUGAUCCGGGGCGAGAAGUACGACGGGCGCAAGGCGGACGUGUGGAGCUGCGGGGUGAUCCUGUUCGCGCUGCUGGUGGGGGCGCUGCCCUUCGACGACGACAACUUGCGGCAGCUGCUGGAGAAGGUGAAGCGGGGCGUGUUCCACAUGCCGCACUUCAUCCCGCCCGACUGCCAGAGCCUGCUGCGCGGCAUGAUCGAGGUGGACGCGGCGCGGCGCCUCACGCUUGAGCACAUUCAGAAACACAUAUGGUACAUAGGGGGCAAGAACGAGCCUGAGCCAGAGCAGCCCAUCCCCCGCAAGGUGCAGAUCCGCUCGCUGCCCAGCCUGGAGGACAUGGACCCCGACGUGCUGGACAGCAUGCACUCGCUGGGCUGCUUCCGGGACCGCAACAAGCUGCUGCAGGACCUGCUGUCUGAGGAGGAGAACCAGGAGAAGAUGAUCUAUUUCCUCCUUCUGGACCGGAAAGAAAGGUACCCCAGCCACGAGGACGAGGACCUGCCCCCCCGGAAUGAAAUAGACCCUCCCCGGAAGCGCGUGGACUCCCCGAUGCUGAACCGGCACGGCAAGCGGCGGCCUGAACGCAAGUCCAUGGAGGUGCUCAGCGUGACAGACGGUGGCUCCCCGGUGCCCGCGCGGAGGGCCAUUGAGAUGGCCCAGCACGGCCAGAGGUCCAGGUCCAUCAGCGGCGCCUCCUCCGGCCUCUCCACCAGCCCCCUCAGCAGCCCCCGGGUGACCCCUCACCCCUCUCCAAGGGGCAGUCCCCUCCCCACCCCCAAGGGGACGCCUGUGCACACGCCCAAGGAGAGCCCAGCGGGCACGCCCAACCCCACGCCGCCGUCCAGCCCCAGCGUCGGAGGCGUGCCCUGGAGAACGCGGCUCAACUCCAUCAAGAACAGCUUCCUGGGGUCGCCUCGUUUCCACCGCCGGAAACUGCAAGUUCCGACGCCAGAGGAGAUGUCCAACCUGACCCCGGAGUCGUCCCCAGAGCUGGCCAAGAAGUCCUGGUUCGGGAACUUCAUCAGCCUGGAGAAGGAGGAGCAGAUUUUCGUGGUCAUCAAGGACAAGCCCCUGAGCUCCAUCAAGGCUGACAUCGUCCACGCCUUCCUGUCGAUCCCCAGCCUCGGCCACAGCGUCGUCUCCCAGACCAGCUUCCGGGCCGAGUACAAGGCGACAGGCGGCCCGGCCGUCUUCCAGAAGCCGGUCAAGUUCCAGGUGGACAUCACCUACACCGAGGGCGGGGCGGCGCACAAGGACAACGGCAUCUACUCCGUCACGUUCACGCUCCUGUCAGGCCCGAGCCGCCGCUUCAAGAGGGUUGUGGAGACCAUUCAGACGCAGCUCCUGGGCACGCACGACCAGCCCACCGCCCAGCACCUGUCAGACCCCACUAACUGUGUGGAUGUGACGGCGGGGAGGCUUCCCACAUGUGGCAGCCCAUUGAGUAACUUCUUUGACGUAAUUAAACAACUUUUUUCAGACGAGAAGAACGGGCAGGCGGCCCCGGCCCCCAGCGCGCCCGCCCAGCGGAGGGCCCACAGCCCGCUCGGUGACUCGGCGGCCACUGGCCCCGGCCCUGGAGGGGACGCUGAGCACCCAACGGGCAAGGACACGGCCAGGAUGGGGCCCCCCGCCGCCCGCCGCGAGCAGCCUUAG